AUGAGAACUUACCGGUACUUCAUUCUACUCUUUUGGGUUGGUCAGCCCUACCCAACUUUCUCAACUCCGUUAUCUAAGAGGACUAGUGGUUUCCCAGCAAAGAAAAGGGCCCUGGAGCUCUCUGGAAACAGCAAAAAUGAGCUGAACCGUUCGAAAAGAAGCUGGAUGUGGAAUCAGUUCUUUCUCCUGGAGGAAUACACGGGAUCCGAUUAUCAGUAUGUGGGCAAGUUACAUUCAGACCAGGAUAGAGGAGAUGGAUCACUUAAAUAUAUCCUUUCAGGAGAUGGAGCAGGAGAUCUCUUCAUUAUCAAUGAAAACACAGGAGACAUACAGGCCACCAAGAGGCUGGACAGGGAAGAAAAACCUGUUUACAUCCUUCGAGCUCAAGCUAUAAACCGAAGGACAGGGAGACCUGUGGAGCCCGAAUCUGAAUUCAUCAUCAAGAUCCAUGACAUCAACGACAAUGAACCAAUAUUUACCAAGGAUGUUUACACGGCCACUGUUCCCGAAAUGUCUGAUGUUGGCACAUUUGUUGUCCAAGUCACCGCAACUGAUGCUGAUGAUCCAACUUAUGGCAACAGUGCUAAAGUUGUGUAUAGUAUCCUACAGGGGCAGCCCUAUUUUUCAGUUGAAUCGGAAACAGGUAUCAUCAAGACAGCUUUGCUCAACAUGGAUCGAGAAAACAGAGAGCAGUACCAAGUGGUGAUUCAAGCCAAGGAUAUGGGUGGCCAGAUGGGGGGAUUAUCUGGGACCACCACGGUGAACAUCACGCUAACUGAUGUCAACGACAACCCUCCCCGGUUUCCCCAGAGUACAUACCAGUUUAAAACCCCUGAAUCUUCUCCACCGGGUACACCAAUUGGCAGGAUCAAAGCCAGCGACGCUGACAUGGGAGAAAACGCCGAAAUUGAGUACAGCAUUACAGAGGGAGAAGGGCUGGACAUGUUCGAUGUCGUCACCGACCAAGAAACUCAGGAAGGAGUUAUUACUGUCAAAAAGGUCUUGGACUUUGAAAAGAAGAAAGUGUACACCCUCAAAGUGGAAGCCUCCAAUCCUCAUGUUGAACCCCGCUUUCUCUACCUGGGUCCAUUCAAAGAUGCAGCUACGGUCAGAAUCAUGGUGGAAGAUGUGGAUGAGCCUCCUGUCUUCAGCAAACUGGCCUACAUCCUACAAAUAAGAGAAGAUGCUCAGAUAAACACAACCAUAGGCUCAGUCACAGCCCAAGAUCCUGAUGCUGCCAGGAAUCCUGUCAAGUAUUCUGUUGAUCGACACACAGAUAUGGACAGAAUAUUCAACAUUGAUUCUGGAAAUGGUUCAAUUUUUACGUCGAAACUUCUUGACCGAGAAACAUUGCUGUGGCACAACAUUACAGUAAUAGCAACAGAGAUCAAUAAUCCAAAGCAAAGCAGCCGAGUCCCUCUAUAUAUUAAAGUUCUAGAUGUCAAUGACAAUGCCCCGGAAUUUGCUGAAUUCUAUGAAACCUUUGUCUGUGAAAAGGCAAAAGCAGAUCAGUUGAUUCAGACCCUACGAGCCAUUGACAAAGACGACCCUUAUAGUGGGCACCAAUUCUCAUUCUCUUUGGCCCCUGAAGCAACCAGUGGCUCAAACUUUACCAUUCAAGACAACAAAGAUAACACAGCAGGAAUCUUAACUCGGAAAAAUGGCUAUAAUAGACACGAGAUGAGCACCUAUCUCCUGCCUGUGGUCAUUUCAGACAACGACUACCCAGUCCAAAGCAGCACUGGGACAGUAACUGUCCGGGUCUGUGCAUGUGACCACCAUGGGAACAUGCAGUCCUGCCAUGCGGAGGCCCUCGUCCACCCCACGGGACUGAGCACAGGGGCUCUCAUUGCCAUCCUUCUGUGCAUCGUGACCCUACUAGUGACGGUGGUGCUGUUCGCAGCUUUGAGGCGGCAGCGGAAAAAAGAGCCUUUGAUCAUUUCCAAAGAGGACAUCAGAGACAACAUUGUCAGUUACAACGACGAGGGUGGCGGAGAGGAGGACACUCAGGCCUUUGAUAUCGGCACCCUGAGGAACCCCGAAGCCAUCGAGGACAGCAAAUUACGCAGGGACAUCGUGCCCGAGGCCCUUUUUCUGCCCCGACGGACUCCAGCCGCUCGAGACAACACCGACGUCCGGGAUUUCAUUAACCAAAGGUUGAAGGAGAACGACACGGACCCCACCGCGCCGCCCUACGACUCCUUGGCCACCUACGCCUACGAGGGCACUGGCUCGGUGGCCGAGUCGCUGAGCUCGCUGGACUCGGUGACCACGGAUGGAGACCAAGACUACGACUACCUUAGCGACUGGGGCCCGCGGUUCAAAAAGCUGGCAGACAUGUACGGAGGCGUGGACAGUGACAAAGACUCCUAA